CGCGGCCCCCGCCGCACACUUGCCCGCGGACGGCCGCCCAGACACACGUACUGUACACACGAGCGGGUGGCGGGGCCGAGACACGCCCGCCGCGCGGCCCCCGCUCGCCGCCGCCGCCGCCGCCCCCCGGCGCUGCCCGCGUCCCCACCCGCCCGCCUGCCCGCCGAGCUGGUCCAGCCGCUGCGAGCAUGCACCCGACGAGCUAGGAGGAAGCCGAGCCCCGCGGGAAGGACCGAGAGCCGGCCGCGCCAGUCGCCCGCCCGCCGCGGGCCCCUCCCCUGUGGGCACCCCCAGCCCCACACCCCCCCACCUUCCUCAGCGGUGGGGGGGUGCGGGCUGCCGAACGGGGGCCCCGCCGCCCCGCAGCCGGGACAGCCCCUCUCCCCGCCCCCGGCGCCCUCCCCGGCCCGGCCGGCCAUGGAUCUGACCAGUAGCGCGGGCGGCGGCGGCGACCCCCGGCAGAUCGAGGAGACCAAGCCGCUGCUGGGGGGCGACGUGCCGGCCCCCGAGGGCACGAAGAUGGGCGCCGUGCCGUGUCGCCGGGCCCUUCUGCUGUGCAACGGGAUGAGGUACAAACUGCUGCAGGAGGGCGACAUCCAGGUCUGUGUCAUCCGGCACCCGCGGACCUUUCUCAGCAAGAUCCUCACCUCGAAAUUCCUGAGGCGCUGGGAGCCGCACCACCUAACGCUGGCCGACAACAGCCUGGCGUCCGCCACGCCAACUGGGUACAUGGAAAACUCAGUCUCCUACAGCGCUAUUGAAGAUGUUCAGCUGCUGUCCUGGGAGAAUGCCCCGAAGUACUGUUUACAGCUCACAAUUCCUGGGGGAACUGUCUUACUGCAGGCUGCCAACAGCUACCUGCGGGACCAGUGGUUCCAUUCUCUGCAGUGGAAGAAAAAGAUUUACAAAUACAAGAAAGUCCUGAGUAACCCAAGCCGUUGGGAGGUUGUCUUGAAGGAGAUCCGAACUCUGGUGGACAUGGCCCUGACAUCGCCCCUGCAGGACGACUCCAUCAACCAAGCCCCACUGGAAAUCGUCUCAAAACUGCUCUCAGAGAACACAAACUUGACUACCCAGGAGCAUGAAAACAUCAUUGUGGCAAUCGCCCCUCUGCUGGAAAACAACCACCCUCCGCCAGAUCUCUGUGAAUUCUUCUGCAAGCACUGCAGAGAGCGGCCCCGGUCCAUGGUGGUCAUCGAAGUGUUCACUCCCGUGGUCCAGAGAAUCCUCAAGCAUAACAUGGACUUCGGGAAGUGCCCGCGACUGAGGCUGUUUACUCAGGAGUACAUCCUUGCCUUGAACGAGCUCAAUGCGGGGAUGGAAGUGGUGAAGAAGUUCAUUCAGAGCAUGCACGGCCCCACAGGGCACUGCCCUCACCCCCGGGUCCUGCCCAACCUGGUGGCCGUGUGCCUGGCUGCCAUCUAUUCCUGCUAUGAAGAGUUCAUCAACAGCCGUGACAACUCCCCAAGCCUGAAGGAGAUCCGGAACGGCUGCCAGCAGCCCUGCGACCGGAAGCCCACCUUACCUCUGCGCCUUCUGCACCCCAGCCCGGACCUGGUGUCUCAGGAAGCCACGCUGUCCGAGGCGCGGCUCAAAUCGGUGGUCGUGGCCUCCAGCGAGAUCCACGUGGAGGUGGAGCACACCAGCACUGCCAAGCCGGCGCUGACGGCCAGCGCGGGCAACGACAGCGAGCCCAACCUCAUCGACUGCCUCAUGGUCAGCCCUGCCUGCAGCACCAUGAGCAUCGAGCUGGGCCCCCAGGCUGACCGCACGCUCGGCUGCUACGUGGAAAUCCUCAAGCUGCUGUCGGACUACGAUGACUGGAGACCGUCUCUGGCCAGCUUGCUUCAACCCAUUCCAUUCCCCAAAGAAGCUCUCGCACACGAGAAGUUCACCAAGGAACUGAAGUAUGUGAUUCAGAGGUUCGCUGAAGACCCACGACAAGAGGUGCACUCCUGCCUGCUGAGUGUGCGGGCCGGCAAGGACGGCUGGUUCCAGCUCUACAGCCCCGGAGGGGUGGCCUGCGAUGAUGACGGGGAGCUGUUCGCCAGCAUGGUGCACAUCCUCAUGGGCUCCUGUUACAAGACCAAAAAAUUCCUGCUCUCCCUGGCAGAAAACAAGCUGGGACCCUGCAUGCUCCUGGCGCUGAGGGGCAACCAGACCAUGGUGGAGAUCCUGUGCUUGAUGCUGGAGUACAACAUCAUCGACAACAACGACACACAGCUGCAGAUCAUCUCAACCCUGGAGAGCACCGGCGUGGGGAAGCGCAUGUAUGAGCAGCUGUGUGAGCGGCAGCGGGAGCUGAAGGAGCUGCAAAGGAAAGGCGGGCCCACCAGGCUAACACUGCCCUCCAAGUCCACAGAUGCAGACUUGGCUCGUUUGCUGAGCUCUGGCUCCUUCGGAAACCUGGAGAACCUCAGUUUGGCCUUCACCAAUGUAACCAGUGCCUGCGCUGAGCACCUCAUCAAACUGCCUUCUCUCAAGCAGCUGAACCUGUGGUCCACUCAGUUUGGAGACGCCGGCCUGCGCCUCCUGUCGGAACACCUCACCAUGCUCCAGGUGCUGAACCUGUGCGAGACGCCUGUCACCGACGCUGGCCUGCUGGCCCUCAGCUCCAUGAAGAGUCUCUGCAGUUUAAACAUGAACAGCACCAAGCUCUCGGCUGACACCUAUGAAGAUCUGAAGGCCAAGCUCCCCAACCUGAAGGAGGUGGACGUCCGCUACACGGAGGCCUGGUGAAGCCCCCUCGGCAGGAAGGAGUUGGCGCCGAGACACUCAACUCUUGACUAAUUAGCCGUAGAGCGGCCGGUCCGGGGUCCCACCCGGCACCCUGGCUGCGAGAUAGAUGGGGGAGUCUUUCUGGGGGCAGAG